AUGAACCUGGCUGCUUGCCCAUGUGGGUUGGGAUUCGUGGCAGUCGCCAGGUCAGUUGGUCAGUCAGGCGGGUCAGGCUUGUGUCAGCAUGGGGCAAGAGCUGCGGAGUUCAGGGGAAAACAAUUCCAGGAGGGGUCGGAAGCGAGCUACUACUGGGGCAGAGGAAUUCGUCCGCGCCCAGUCACCAGCAUGGGUCAGAGGGUUAGUGGGGAGGGGCUUGAGAUGCCGCGACAAAGGAACAGAGGGGUGAAACCAGCCAGCACAGGCACUGGCUUCCAAAACAUCCAUAUAGGCAAGGUUGGCGCUCAGCAUAAGGGUAUUUGGGGGGGAGGGAGGGGGGGAAAGAGAACAGAACAUGGUACAGGGGGUGGGGGUGAGCGUCAGGCCUCCCCCCAGAGCUUGGGGCAGUUGGAAGAGCCAAGCGCUUUUAUUUUCGGUGCACCCGGGGGAACACAGUACACCCGAGUGGGGAUGAGCUGGUGCUGUGGUGUGCGUGGGCUCUCCGCGCCGUCGGGCUCCUGA